UUAUGGCCACGGUAAGGAGGAUUGUUUGAACAAUAGGAUACUAAUUACAUCUACAAGACUCCUAUAUAUAUCGUCACUAUCCCUCAGCCUUUUCACACAACACAAGCAGCAAAAAAUUCCCAGUUGUUAAUUCUCGCUUCUUGUCUUGCUUAGCUCUCAUUCCCAAUUAUUAAACCCUAAUUGCAGUUUUAAUUUGGUGCACUCUUUGAUUUUGAUCAGGGGCUCUGUUGCUGAUCACAAGGAGUCAGAACUGUGUGAUCGUGUUGUAAUUGUGGGUUUAAAUGAUGGCUGGUACUGGGGAUGAUAUGGUGGGUUUAAAGGGCUUAACGGGUGGUGUGGAAUUGAGUUCACACCAGGAUCUGACCCAAGUCGGUGGAGAUUUUGGUGGGACCAAGAUUGACUUUGUGGACUGUAAAGGGAAUGGCAAUGCGUGUGGUGGUGAUGGUGGUUCGUAUGUUUUUGUCAGUAAGGUAAAUGGCGGUGGUGAUCCUGUUGGUGGUGGGGAUUGUAAUGUGGAGGUGAAAGAGGGGGUGUUUUUGAAGGAUGGUGAUGGGAGAGUGGGGAAUGGGGGAGUGGUUGUUGGGAUUGGGGGAGAUGACGUAGAGUUUGCGGGAAAGGGGAAUGAUCAUGUGUUGGCUGCGGUGAUGGAUAAAGGUGGGGCUUUGCAUGGUGAAUUGGUUGUUGAGAAUGGAGGUGUCGGUGUAGUAGGCGAUGGACAGGCUGAUUGUGAGGUGAAGGUUGAGGAUCAAGGAGGCUUGAAGGAUGAGAGUGGUGUCGGGCUUCAAAAUGGGGAAGUAGUUGUUGGGGAUGGGAGGAAUGGUCGUGAGGUGGAAUUUGGGGAUCAAGUUGGCUUGAAGGAUAAGACUUGUCUUGGGCUUCAAAAUGGGAAAGUAGUUUUUGGGGAUGGGAGGAAUGAUCGUGAGGUGGAAGUUGGCUUGAAGGGUAAGACUUGUGUCGAGCUUCAAAAUGGGGAAGUAGUUGCUGGGGAUGGGAGGAAUGAUCGUGAGGUGGAAGUUGAGAAUCAAGUUAGUUUGAAGGAUAAGAGUGUUGUCGGGCUCGAACAUGGGGAAGUAGUUGUUGGAGAUGGGAGGAGUGAUCGUGAGGUGGAAGUUGAGGAUCAAGUUGGCUUGAAGGAUGAGAGCGGUGUCGGGGUAGAAAAUGGGGAAGUAGUUGUUGGAAAUGGGAGGAAUGAUUGUGAGGGGGAAGUUAAGGAUCAAGUUGGCUUGAAGGAUGAGAGUGGUGUAGAAGUUGAAAAUAGGGAAGGGGUUGUUGGGGUUGGGGAUAAUGAUCAAGAUUAUUUGAAAGAGGAGAAUAAUUGUGGGUUAUCGACGGUGACUGAUAAAGAUGUGGCUUUGCAUGGUGAAUUGUUUGCUGAGACUGGAAGUAUAGGUGAGGUAGAGGAUGGCCAGCCUGCUUGUGAGGUUAAGGCUGAGGAUCAAGCUGACUUUGAGUCUACUACUGAGCCGAUAGAGAAUCAAGAGUCUCUGACUGACACUGAUAGAGAGUUUGGAGAGAGGAAGGGGGAAGUGAUUGGAUUAGUAUUGGCUCGUGAAUUACCUGAGAACAGCGUUAAGUCUGUGGAGCAAAAUGUUGUACUGCCAUCUGCAGAUAUAGGAGAGAAUAAGAAAUCUGAAGCUGUUGUUUUUUGGGCUGAUGGAUGUGAAUUGGCGAAGGUUGAGCAUGAAUAUGAGGUUGAUGUUGGGGAAGGACAGAUGAAGCGAACUGAGAAAAAGUUACCAGAGGAAAGUUUGGAACCUCAAAUUAGUGUCACAAGUUCUGUUGAUUGUGUGUCCUCUGAUGUUGGAAAAGAUCAGGCCAAGUUAGAGCAAAUCAAUUAUCUGGCUAAUGAUGUAGAGCUACGAGAGGGCAAGGUUACGGUGAUGAAAUCUGCAGAGGAUGAUGAAAUAUCUGAUAACUGUGCAAGGGCUGUGCAGCAAGAUGUCAUAGUCUCGCCUGCAGUUAUUGGUCAGAAAUCCGACACUGUUGUUCUGGAUGCUGUUGGAUGUAAACCGCCGAAGGUCGAGUCUGGGACUGAAUUUGGCAGUGUUGAUAGAAAGCCUGAGGAGCAAGCUGAGUUAGAAUCAGGAGAAGACAAUUUGAGAUCGCAAAUGAGGAUCACAGAAUCUGUUGAUUGUUUGUUCAAUGAACUUGAGGAUGGCGACAAGUUUAAAACUGAGAAGGAUCUGGAUUGGGAUAUUGAGGGAGGAAUUCAGUUGAAUAAUGAUAUUAAUGCAGUAGCUAAUAAAGGAAUAUCCAUGGCUUCUGCAGAUGAUUACGAAGGUUCGAGAGAAAGCAUUGACGAGAGCCAAACUGUCAACAAACUAGAUUCAACUCCUUCAAAUGCUGGAAGCAUUUCUUCAAUAGAAAAGGUGCCAGUGAACUGUGGUGAAGGCAUUAAUGCUGGUACAAACGAUGGUGCGACGGUAGAACUUGAGCCAUCCGGAUUUAUCCAGGUGACGAAUGGUGAUGGGACAAUGACAAAUGAAUCUCUCACCUUACAGACAAAUCUCGAUAAACAGAUAGGCAGUUGUGCAAAUUCACUUGAGCUGAACAGAAAUUCUGAUGAUGCUCAAUGCAAUGGUAUGGUAAUGCAAGCUCAAGGUGAUGGAGGCUUCCAGUCUGAUUCCAAUGGCAGUGCAGGAGGACCAGAAGUUGGAAAUCUGGCUUUUCCAGUCACUGAAAAGAAGUCUGAAUUGGAAACUAAGAAUCUUGACUCAGAAGAUGUGAAGACCGGCUCUGCUACGACUGGAACACAUUCUGAUAUUUCUGAUUGUGUUUCUAGUCGCCAUUCUAAUGAUGGGAUAUCUGCGAUGAAGAUUGAAUUUGGUACUUUUGAUUCAGCAGAAUUACUUUCCAAAUCAAGCGAUGUGGAUGUGCUUUCCAAAUCCCAAAUCUCAGAUGGUGAAAGUGAAAAUACUGGGAGGGCGGACUUAACAAUGAAUUCUGGGUCUGAUAGUUAUGUGGAUAUGAAUUUUAAAACUGGCGUUCAGUACCAUUCUGAUGUGCCUGCUAAAGAUGCAACUGUAGCUGAAUCUAAAGUUCCAAGUGGACCAGUUAAUGUUGGACCUGCUCCUUUGCUGGACUCUUCAAGUAGUGAUUCUGUAAAUGGACAAAAUUUGGGUUUUGUGGCCAAGGCAAAGCCAUUCCAAUUUCUUGUCAGACUUCCCAGAUUUGAUGAUGAUAAGCUUCGACAACAAAUAAAAGAUGCUCAGCUGUUGGUUGAUGAGAAGACAAGUAAAAGAGAUGAUAUACGACGUGAAAUUGAUAUGAAAAAGGCCAAGCUCCAAUCAAUUAAUUAUAAAUAUGAAGCUACUAAAUCAGAUGAGAGAGCUGCAAGGAGAUCAGUUAAGCUCAAAAGACAGGAAAUAGAUUCCAUUCAAGAUGAUAUAAAUAGAGUGAAGAACUCGAUUUCAGUCAUAGAUAUUACUAACAGGAUAGCGCAUAUGGAACACAUGAUAGAGCAUGAGACCAAUCCCUUGAAGGAGGAAAAGCAGUUGCUACGUGAAAUUAAUACAUUGAGAAAGCUACGAGAUCAAAUUUCUUCCAAUGUCUGUCCCGCGGACGAAGUUAACCAAGCUUUUGGUCAGAUAGAACCCAUGGAAAUGCAGCUAAAGACUUUGAAGAGGGAUCUAAGUGAUCUGAAGGCCAAGGUUUCUGAUGCUGAAGCUGCUGUCAUACUGUUAGGAAAGGAGUAUAAUGGUGAAAGUAUAAGGCUAAAAGAAUUGCAGGCUCAGUUCAGAGCUGUCAAUGAUGUUCGGCAAGACGCAUACAAAUAUUUCUCUAGUUUGAAAAGGCAGCUGCAUGAGAAGAGCAAGAAUUUCUGGAUGUACAAGGAUGAAGCAAAGGCAGCUAAUGAUUAUGCACUGAGUGGAAAUAAAGAGGCACUUUAUCGUCUUUGCUCUAAUCAGGUGGAGACUUUCAUGGACCUUUGGAACAAGAAUGAUAAAUUCCGGGAAGACUAUGUUAGAUGCAACAACAGAAGCACAUUGAGGAGACUAAAGACAUUAGAUGGCCGUUCACUUGGAAUUGAUGAGGAGGCACCUGUAAUUCCUAUGUAUGUGGGUGAAAAGGAGGAAAUGCAACAGUCUACUCCACUGGGAACAACCUAUCCAUCACUGGCUACAAAUCUGAAACAAGAAAAUUCAAUGAAACCUGUUAAAAGUGAACAAGUAGAUGGGAAGGCCAGGGUUGUGGCAGAACCUAAAAACAAGAUUUUAAAAGACAAAACAUCUGUCAAACCUAUUUCUGGGUCUGGGAGUGUGUUAAAUAUUGUUUCUGACUACCUGGAAGAUGUUAAGACAAAGGAGGAAGUGAAACAGCAAACCGAGGAAGAGCUGGAAUUGGCAAGGAAAGCUGAGAUGGUGAGAGAAGAAGAGAUCGCUGCGAAGUUGAAAGAGAAAAUUCGACAGGAGGAGAGAGCGAAAGCUCAGGAGGCACUCGAGCGGAAAAAGAGAAAUGCAGAGAAAGCCCAGAUGAGGGCCAUGUUACGGGCUCAAAAGGAAGCAGAACAGAAAGAAAAGGAUAAAGAGAAGCGCCAAAGAAAAAAGGAAAAGAAAAACACCGAUGGAGAAACUGGUCUUGAAGUCCAGACAGAGUCUAUUAAGGAAGAGAGGACAGACAGUCCCGGGACACAGCCUAAGAAAUCUUCCCAAGUUAACAAGUACAGCAAACCAAAACCUGCUGCUAUUCCCCCAGCUCUUCGCAACAGGGGGAAGAGACACUACUGUAAACAAUUGAUGUGGUGGAUACUUGCAAUCCUGAUUGUUCUUUUCAUGUUCCUGGUGGCUAAUGGUAGUACUCAGCGCAAGGCGAAACCUGUAACCAGAGGUGACAGAUUUCCCGGCGACCAGUGGCAACCUAUUUGACAAUCUUUGACAACCGGGAAAACUUGGCAAUGGAAUUCCUUUGCAUAUUUUCCCAGCAUUUCACAUUGAAAGUUGCAACUGUUUUCAUGGACUCAUUUGGGCAUUUUAUGUGAUUUUCCUUCCGUCAGUUUUUACAUAUAGAUUAUAUAAAUGUUAUCUAAUAGGCUAUUUGAACAAUAGGAUUUUAAUAAUUUUCAAUAUCUGCUAUAUAUAUAUAUAUAUUUAAAGCACAGCUAUGCUGGUUAAUGUUUCUUGAA